GGACUUGUUAGUUGUUAUCAUCCAAUAGAAAGGGUACAGUCGUGAAGUAGAAGAUAAGAAAGCAAAAGGCCUAGCUUCUUCAUGUGCUUAUUAAAGAUUCAAUGUUAGCAGCUAUUGGCAUCAUCCUUCAUUCCCCAUAUCUUGUGCUAAACUCAGCAUAGGCAACAUGAUCUUCAGGACACUCCUACUAUUCCUGGCCUUUAUGGUGGCAAAUUCAGUUGCUGUCAUGGACAAGCAGACAUACAUAAUACACAUGGACAAGGCCAAGAUCAAAGCAUCAGUCCAUUCCCAAGACAACACAAAACCUUGGUUCAAAUCAGUCAUUGACUUCAUCUCUGAAGCUUCAUUGGAAGAAGAGAUAUCCCCUCAGCUUCUUUAUGUUUAUGAAACCACCCUGUUUGGUUUUGCUUCUCAACUUUCAAAUAAACAGCUAGAGUACUUGAACCAAGUGGAAGGUUUCCUUUCAGCCAUACCUGAUGAACUAUUAGCCCUUCACACAACUUACAGCCCUCAUUUUCUUGGCCUACAGAAUGGAAGAGGACUUUGGAAUGCUUCCAACUUGGCCUCAGAUGUGAUCAUUGGUGUCCUUGACACAGGAAUAUGGCCUGAACACAUAAGUUUCCAAGACACAGGUUUGUCCAAAGUACCCUCUCACUGGAAAGGUGCUUGUGAAGCAGGCACCAACUUCUCUGCCUCAAAUUGCAACAAGAAGCUUAUUGGUGCUAGAGUCUUUCUCAAAGGGUAUGAAAAAUUUGUUGGAAGAAUCAAUGAGACAUUGGACUAUCGUUCUGCUAGAGAUGCUCAAGGACAUGGAACACACACAGCCUCAACUGCAGCUGGAAACAUGGUGAGUGAUGCCGGCUUUUUCGGCUUGGCUCGAGGUUCUGCCAGUGGAAUGAGGUACACCUCAAGAAUAGCUGCUUAUAAAGUAUGCUGGCGUUUAGGCUGCGCAAACUCUGACAUAUUGGCAGCUAUUGAUCAAGCUGUGGCCGAUGGUGUUGAUGUAUUGUCACUCUCUUUAGGAGGCACUGCCAAGGCUUUUUACAAUGAUAGCAUUGCCAUAGCCUCAUUUGGAGCAACACAAAAAGGAGUUUUUGUUUCUUGCUCAGCAGGCAAUUCAGGACCCUCUAGUUCAACUGUUGGAAAUGUUGCACCAUGGAUCAUGACUGUUGCUGCUAGCUACCUUGACAGAAGCUUUCCAACACAAGUGAAGCUAGGCAAUGGACAUGUUUUCAAAGGGUCAUCAUUGUACAAGGGCAAGCAAGCACACCAAUUGCCUCUUGUGUAUGGAAACUCCUCAAAAGCACAAAGGACAGCACAGUAUUGCACCAAAGGUUCACUUGAUCCAAUGUUCGUCAAGGGAAAAAUAGUUGCAUGUGAAAGAGGAAUAAAUAGUAGAACGUCAAAGGGAGAGGAAGUGAAAAUGGCAGGUGGAGCAGGAAUGAUAUUACUCAACUCAGAAAACCAAGGAGAAGAGCUUUUUGCUGACCCUCAUGUUUUGCCAGCCACAUCCUUAGGGGCCUCAGCAAGUAAAACAAUUAGAAGCUACAUUCACUCAGCAAAAACACCACCAACAGCUUCAAUUUCCUUCCUAGGGACAACGUAUGGAGACCCUGCACCAAUUAUGGCAGCAUUUUCCUCUAGAGGACCAAGUUCUGUGGGACCAGAUGUAAUCAAGCCAGACGUAACUGCACCUGGUGUGAACAUCUUGGCUGCAUGGCCUCCCACGACUAGUCCAAGCAUGCUCAAGAGUGACAAAAGAAGUGUACUAUUCAACAUAGUUUCAGGCACCUCAAUGUCAUGUCCUCAUGUUAGUGGCAUAGCUGCACUGAUCAAAUCUGUGCAUAAGGAUUGGUCACCUGCAGCCAUCAAAUCUGCUCUCAUGACUACUGCUUACACAUCAAACAACAAGGCUGCCCCAAUUACCGACAUUGGUUCAAACAAUUCAGCAUUUGCUGACCCCUUUGCUUUUGGCUCAGGCCAUGUUAGCCCUGAAAGAGCUUCUGAUCCAGGGCUAAUCUAUGACAUCACCUCCAAAGAUUACUUAAACUACUUGUGCAGCCUGAAAUACACAUCCUCCCAGAUUGCUAUAUUGUCAAAAGGUAAUUUCAAAUGUGCCAAAAACUCAGGUCUAAAGGCUGGUGACUUGAACUACCCUUCAUUUUCUGUGCUAUUUGACACUAGUGCUUUAAAGGCUAGUGUGACAUACAAGAGGGUAGUCACAAAUGUUGGGUACUCGACAAGUUCUUAUGCAGUGAAAGUGGAAAAACCAAAGGGAGUAUCUGUCACGGUUGAACCAAGGAAUUUGAGAUUCAGAAGAAUGGGUGAGAAAUUGAGUUAUAAAGUGACUUUUGUUUCAAAUGGGAAAACAGGAGUCAGUGGCAGUUCAUCAUUUGGAUCACUUACUUGGACAUCAGAUAAAUAUGCUGUUAGAAGUCCUAUAGCAGUAACCUGGCAAUAAUUGGCACUGCCUUUGUAAGGGUACUAUUUAAGAGAAGCAGAAAACUGUUUUUUUUUUAUGCUCAUUGCUAGCUGGGGAACUUUAUUUGAUAAAUGAUGAUCCAUCACACUAUUGUUGUAACUUGUAACACAUGAUUGGGCUAAUUUAUCCUUGUUACCAUCUUUAAACUUCAUUGAAUAAAAGAACACACUUUGUUAUGGAA